ACUCAGAACGUGAAGACUGAUGAAAUGCUGCUAAAUAUUGUAACUGGCGGGCUAAUGAUUCUGUCAACUCGCCAUCUUAAAAUAAUAAUGAAAAUGUGAUUUCAUUUUUAUUUAGAAAUAUAUUUUCCUCUCUUAAUGAUUAUUUUCUUAAUUAUUUUUAGGUCUGUUCCAAAUAACGACCACAUUGUUCGACUAAAUGAACAAGUUAAUGAAGUUACUCGUUUGCUUAAGACCAAUGUUGAAAAGAUUGUUGAGCAUGGAGAUCGACUUGACAAUCUGCAGACACGCUCAGAAAAACUUGAAGACUGUUCAGUACAUUUUCAGAGGAGUGCAACAAAUGUAAGGAGGUCAAUGUGCUGGAAAAAUGCUAAAGCUACUUUAAUUCUUGGAUUUGUGAUACUUUUGUUGCUUGGAAUCAUAGUUGGAGUCAUUGUAGGAUUAGUCUAUAAAGAUGACAACAAAACUCAUUCAACAACUCCAGUCCCACACAUAACUACAUAUGUUCUGUCGAAUGUUUCUUAAACUACAAGAAAAAUACUUACUGUAUGCUACCCAACUACCAUGGCAAGUUUCUUUCUCUAAUUAACAAUAUAUGAAAGGAGAAAAGUAAAAGACCAACCUACAUUCCCUACUCCAUUUAAUUUGUGGAAAUGGAAAAAUAUUUUCUGAAGUGUUCACAACUUCCAGUAAUUUCUGUUCUUUAAAAACAAAUGAUUGCAUAUGCUUUUCAUUGUGAUGUAAUCAAGAUUACCUGCUUGGAUAGACUUUGUCUACUAUAAACUAUCUGCCUUAAGUUGAACUUAAUUAAAAAAUGUAAUUAUUUUAUCAAGUUAUUGAUUUUUUGAUUUAAUUUUUUUUUUACUUGUUUUGGAUUUUCUUUCUAUACCAAUAUUUUAUUUUAUUUGCAAUUGGAGAAUUAUAUUUUUUAUACAAUCCUUAAAAAAGAUAAUUUCAUUUAAGUAAAUCACACACAAUCUUUUUCUGUGUUUUUGAUUCAUUUAACCAGCUUAAUUUGAUGUUAUCACUAUCAAUAUACAUGGAUGUUUGCAUGUGUAAAUGUGGUUGUUUGCAUGUGUGAAUGCUACAUAUAGGUAUUUACAUGUGUAAAUGCUACAUGUAGGUGUAUAUAUGUGUAAAUGCUCAGUUAUUUUCAGAUGUUGUCUUUGUAUAUUUGUAUUUUUACUUAGUGAAAAUCUAAUACAUUUGUGGAACUUUUUAUCUGGCUUUUCAACAUGUGAAAUGCUCCAAAAGUAAGAUAUAUUUUUUGAGUAAGAAGUGAAGACAAUGUUGUUGUUUUGGCUUGAGUUUCAGUUGUGAAUGGGUAAGGAUUAAGAAAAUAUGUCCAGUGCAAGGUUUGAGACAAAAUAGUGGUGUUGAUAGGAUAUGCUGGUAUGUAAGGUGGAAAUGGUAUGUUUGUUAGCAGAAUACAAAUUGUUGUGGCAAAAAUAUAGAACAUUUGUGGCUGUCAUAUGUUGAGUUUUUUUCAUUUAACUGUCUCAGGUAGGAGACAUAUUGAGACCCUGAGGCACAGAAGAGUUUGUUGAAUAUUGGUCAAAGAUCUGUGUUAAUGCUUCCUACAACAGAACUGUAUGAUCUGACAAUAUAACUUCCAGUUCAAGAUUGUAAGAUACACAUUCUGCAGCCUGGCAACUUAGCUAUGAAGUUCUCAGACUGAGGCACAGUCAAAGAUUUGUUGUCAAGGAUAAAACUUUGGUCAAAGUUCUCGAAGAACAAUGAGGUAGGUGAAUAAGCCUCAAUGGAUCUGGUUGUUAGUGGGGAAGGAAGAGAUUCAUAGUGAUAAAAGCAAGUUUAUAACUUUCUGUGAUUUUCAAGUGUAUUAUUUAAAAUACAUUAUCUUAUUUGUUUAUUGCAGAGUCAUUUAUUGUCUUUGUUUUCAAACCAGUUAAAAUGUUUUCAACCAAAUGUAUUUACCCAGUUAUUUAUACUCAGUUUCCAAUCCAUGUAACCUACCAGGCCAUCAGAACCAGACAUGCCAGACAAAUGGUUUCAUGCCCAUCUUUUGUAAUAUAUAUGUGUUGUCUCUUGAAAAACCAGUUAGACUUUUUUUUUUUAACCUGCACAGCUUAAUAAAUAAACUCAUUUAUACAUUAAACCUUCAUUACAUUGUACAAGAUCAAACAAAUCUCAUGUGAUAUUUAGCUUGAUAUUUUUAUGAUUAUUGAAUUUAUCUUCCAAUUCAUUGUUUAAUCAUGGACUAUGAACUGGUUAUUCCUGACAGUAACCUUUUUUUUCUUUUCCUUUCCUCCAUUAACAGAGACUUGAUGAUGAUUUAAAUUAUCAUGUAACAUUGUAUUUUCAUAGUAAAUUUUCUGUGAAACUUG